AUACAAAACCCAACUGUCACAUGACCCAUCUUUGAAAAAUCCAAUCUUUCUCUUCCUUCUUCUUCUCUUUCUCUCUUUUACUUUCUCUGACACUAUCCUUCUCUUUCUCAAUCUCUCUCUCUCUCUCUUCACCAUGAAACCUCCGUCGUUACCGUUACUCCUCCUCCUCCUCCACCUCUCAGCCACUAUCUCCGCCGCUCCUUCCCUCUCUCCAACUCCAUCUCCAACCACCUCUCCCAUUCCACCUCACAAACCUUCCUCAUCCUCUUCCCCAUUAGACCCAAAACAACUCAAAGCCCUUGAAUCUCUCAACAUCCCCACCGUCAAAGAUCCUUGCAACCACCGUCCCACCACCAAAUCCACCUCCUCCUCCGUCGUAACCUGCGACACCAGCUCCCCAUUUCGCCUCGUCACUUCCAUCUCCUUCACAAAUUGCUCCACCGAUCUCUCCAUCUCCACAACAGCUCUCAGAGCUCUCUCACCAUCUCUAACCUCUCUCUCUUUCCUCAACUGUCCUUCACUCUCCCCUCCUCCACGUCUCCCUGACUCACUCCACUCCUUCACCGCCGUCUCCUCCUUCCUCCGCCGCCGUAAUGGCCUCUCCGGAGUCUUCUUAGCUCGUCUCGUUAACCUCACUGACCUCACAGUCUCUUCUGUUCCAGUCUCAACCUCUGGUCUCUUCGUUAUCCUAGGAAAUAUGCACGAGAUCGUCUCUUUGACAAUCUCACACGCAAAUCUCUCCGGAAACAUCCCUAAAUCAUUCCACUCAAAUCUCACAUUCAUUGACUUAUCAGACAAUCUACUCAAAGGCUCAAUACCCACUUCCAUUACUCUGCUCUCAAACCUAAAGUCUCUAAAUUUAUCCAAAAACACCAUCUCCGGAGACAUACCCGACUCAAUCGGUGACCUAAUCUCCUUAAAAAACCUAUCUUUAUCCUCAAACAAGCUAUCAGGACCAAUCCCAGAUUCAAUCUCAUCCAUUCCAGAGCUUACACACUUAGAUCUGAGUGGGAACCAACUAAACGGCACCAUUCCAAGAUUCAUCUCCAAAAUGAAGUAUCUCACACACUUGAAUCUAGCUAACAAUGCCUUCCAUGGAGUUCUACCAUUCAAUGCGAGCUUUAUCAAGAAUCUCGAAGUGUUCAAAAUCGGUGGAAACAGUGAUCUUUGUUACAACCAUAGUGUAUUGUCAUCGAAGAUGAAAUUGGGUAUUGCUCAGUGUGAUAAACAUGGUUUGCCUUUGUCUCCACCGCCGCAGAAAGAAGAUUCGAAUUCAGAUUAUGAUUACGGAAAUGAAGAUGAUACUAGUGAGAAGAAGAAAGAAGAGCAUCAUGGUCCUAAUAAAGUUGUGCUUGGUGUUGCUAUUGGACUUUCUUCACUUGUGUUCUUAAUCAUCUUCAUGAUCCUUCUCGCCAAAUGGUGUGGUUGAUUCCAUGAAAUUGGAGUACAGUAUAAGCAAAGAAAGACCUAAUCUUUGAGAGUGAGAUUAGGGUUCUUGUGAGAUGAAGAAGAGGAUAGUGAAUUUUUUUGGAGAAUAACCGAACCGGUUCUCCACACAAAUCCCGGUUUAAGUUUUUUUUUUUUCUAUUUUACUUUGAUUUUACAUUUGAGUGGGUUUAAUACGUUAAUUUAGUAGUUUAUUUUCAGAUAUUGUUCUAUUUUUUUUUUUAAGUGUAAGUGGUUAAGGAUUAUUUUGUAAUAAUUAUUGAAUUAUUCUUAUCAAUUAUUUUCUUCAACAAACAUUGUUCCUUCAUGAGUUGUGUUUAUGUAAUACUGCACAUG